AUGAAGCGGGAGGAAGAGGAGGAAGAUGAUGGAGCGAAUGAGGCGCUGGUCGCCGCAGAGGACCAGGAGAGCCCUGCACACCACCCUCCAACUCAGCACCACAUCCCCGCUCUCCAAAUAUACUGGACUUUGCUACAAAGUCCCUUCAGGAAAACUGCGGUCUGGAUGGGAAGAAGCGCCGAGUCCUUGACGUCAAGCCUCGACGCCGUCCUCGGAGUUUCUAUUUCUGGGCGCCAGGACCCAGCCCCGGGUCCCGCCGGCGUCGCGGCUGACCGCGGUGUGAAAAGCGCGGGGCGGCGGCGGGAGCGGGUUCCCGGCAGGCCUGGCGCUCACCGGGCUUCCCCCUCGGGCCCCUCCCCAGUCUCCAGGUUCAUGGGGCCAUCCGCGGGCGUGAACGUGGCCGGCAUGGGGUCGCUGACGGGCAUCGCGGACGCCGCCAAGACCCUGGCGCCGUUGCACGCGGCGGCGGCGGCGCCGCGAAGGAAGCGCCGCGUGCUCUUCUCGCAAGCGCAGGUCUACGAGCUGGAGCGGCGCUUCAAGCAGCAGAAGUACCUGUCGGCGCCCGAGCGUGAGCACCUAGCCAGCAUGAUCCACCUGACGCCCACACAGGUCAAGAUCUGGUUCCAGAACCACCGCUACAAGAUGAAGCGGCAGGCCAAGGACAAGGCGGCGCAGCAGCUGCAGCAGGAGGGCGGCCUGGGGCCGCCGCCCCCGCCGCCGCCGUCCCCGCGGCGCGUGGCGGUGCCAGUGCUGGUCAAGGACGGCAAGCCAUGCCAGAACGGUGCCGGCACGCCGACACCCGUCCAGGCCGGUCCGCAGCCGCCGGCCCCGACGCCUGGGCCCGAGCUCGAAGAGCUGUCGCCCAGCCCGCCAACGCUGCACGGCCCAGGGGGCGGUCUGGCGGCCCUGGACGCGGCGGCGGGGGACUACGGCGGCGGCGUGCUCGGCGCCAACCUGCUCUAUGGCAGAACGUGGUGACCGCGCGGGCGCCCCGGGUUGGGGGUCCUGCCUGUGGCGCAGAGGGUGUCCUAGGAACUUCGAGAACGGAUGGGGAAAACACACCGAAGCGGACCCUUGUGUACGCGGCGAUCAAAAACUAACGAAUAGGUCAUGGAAUGGGGCACGCUCUGAACCUCUCCUCUGGGGGUUGGGGGUCAGCGACGGCCCUGGAAUUUAAUAAUACCACGCCAGGAGGCUGCGGUGGUGAUUUCCUCCUUCCAGAAGUUCCUAAAUUAUUCGAAAAGCUGGCUGUGUCCACAUCCACCACGUUCCAAACCAAAGCUCUCAGAGUUCUAAAAGUUGGAAACUUUGUUGGUGUUUGUAGCUCUAAAAAUCAACCCAGCUUUAACAAUGAAUCCUUUUUUGGAGUGGAACUUGAGAGAUUAAUUUUCAAAGGCCUCCCCCUUAAGUGCAAUUUCAUUAAUGUUUGAUUGAAAGUAAAUUGUAGCUCAAGGUGGAUCAUGCACAUGGCAACAUUAU